AUCAGGUGGCCGCUUAUUCUGACCAAUCAGCGGCCGCCCCGGUCGGCCCACUGCCGCCGGCUGACCUCGAAAUCGCCAACGGAGCGGAGACGUCACGUGCAUUGUUUACGUUCAUUGACCCGGCGGAUUAUCAACGAUUGAAUUUUUCUGGUUUGAUAUUCCAUGACUGACUGAAGAGUCGUGAUAGAAUCAAAGGCGAACAACAAGUUAACCUUCAUGAGCGUGCCUGCAAUUUAUAGGCUGGUCGGCUCUUAUGAUGUUGGCGGUUGUAUUCUGGGGCCGGAGCCGGCGACUAUCUACUCCAACCGACAGUCUGUUCCGAUUUGGUUCCGAUCGCGUCCACCCUGUCGCCGCAGCUUGGAUGGAGCAGCACGAGAACUGCGAGGCGCAGCGCGCUGCCCCGCAGCGCCGGCUCACCUCACUGCAGGCCGCGGCCUGCAGCGCGAGCGUGAGGCUAAGACGGACGAGGCCGACGCGCUCAAGGCGCCGCCCCGGCCGAGUCGGACCCCGGCCGGCGCCGGCUGAGCUCUGCAGACCCGGAGCCGGCAGUGGCGCGCCACCAGUUCCCGCCGCUGGAUCAGCCGCCGCCCGACGACUGGGCCUGCAGACAGGGCGAGUGUGUGUCCGUGUACGGCUCGCUGCCGUCUCCCAUCAGCGGCGACAUCAGCACCGGAGGCCGGGCGCCCGGCUCAGUGACGGCCCGCUGCACCUGCACAUGAUCGGCGCCGGAGUCACGCGGCCGCCGGGUCCCGGGAUGAAGCAGCACGAGAACUGCGAGGCGCAGCGCGCCGCCCCGCAGCGCCGGCUCACCUCACUGCAGGCCGCGGCCUGCGCAGCGCGAGCGUCAGUCUAA